AUGAGUAGUAUAAAUUCUAAACCAAUUCUAAAGGCGUCAGAUAUCAGUGAUGAAUUGAAAGACGAUAUAUUUGCCAUUAGUUUGGAGGCCACGAACAAAUUUGAAUUAGAGCGUGAUAUUGCGGGAUCGAUAAAAAAACAAUUGGAUUUGAAAUAUGAUACUACCUGGCAUGUAAUUGUUGGUAAGAAUUUUGGAAGUUAUGUAACCCAUGAGAAAGGGCAUUUCGUUUAUUUUUACAUCGGGCCUUUAGCAUAUUUAGUCUUUAAGACUGCUUAA